AUGACGAAAACGUAUUUAUUGUUUGAGACGGCCGCAGGUUAUGGCCUAUACCAGGUGGACAAAUGGGACCAGAUAGGCACAGAUAUAUCCAUCGACGAGUUGAUGGCAAAUGAGGAGCGAUUCUCAGGAACUGUUAAGUUUAAAGCGUUCCAGCCGUUUAAAACGUCAAAGGAGGCGCUGGAAAACAUGAGAAGUAUCAUAGAUGGGGAAGUGACGGUGCUGCUGUCGUCGUUCCUGAGCCAGAACCUGCCGCCGAACGACCACGCGCUGGCAAUCGUGGACGUUUCACUGGCGAAGAGCCUAUCGCAAAAGGGAUUUAAAGUAGUCUACGACUCAAACGUGCUCGAGCUGGUUCGAGGCUGCAGAAUGUACGAGUCGAAGAGACUGACAAAGCUGGCCUCAGGAGGAACGACAUUCGACAUGAACAACUUCCAAGUGGGCCUGGGGCACAGCUACAGCAGAAGUAAGCUGAAGUUCGACCCGGCGAAGCAAGAUAAGCCGAUAAUCAACUCAGUAUCGCUGUUGGACACCCUUACCAAAAACUUGAACUCGUUCGCAAUGAGAGUGAGAGAGUGGUACGGAUGGCACUUCCCAGAGCUGACAAAACUGGUGCCCGACAACAAGGAGUUCUGCGAAGCAGUGAGACUGAUAAAGAAGAAGGAAGAGUACGACUUCGACGACGAGGAGAAAAUGGGAGCACUGCUGGAGCUGCUGGGAGAGGAGGUGGCGACGAGCGUGAAGAAGGCAGCAAGACACUCAAUAGGACAGGAGCUGGCGGACCUGGACCUGAAGAACAUACUCAACUUCGCAGACAACGUGAUAAGGCUGGACGAAAUGAGGACGAAGCUGAGCAGUUACCUGAACGACAAGGUGUCGACAGUGGCGCCGAACCUGAACACAGUGGUGGGCUCACUGCUCUCAGGAAGACUCAUAAGCCACGCAGGCUCCCUGGUGAACCUGGCGAAGGCGCCAGCAAGCACAAUACAGAUCCUGGGAGCAGAAAAGGCGCUGUUUAGAGCACUGAAGUCGAGGUCGAACACGCCGAAAUACGGGCUUCUGUACCAGUCGACGUUCAUAGGAAAGGCGAACAACAAGCACAAGGGAAAAGCAGCAAGGUACCUGGCGAACAAGUGCGCACUGGCAGCAAGGCUGGACUACUUCUGCGACGUCAACUCAGACGUGUACGGAAAGAAAAUGUCGGAACAGCUGGGAAAGAGAAUGGAGUACCUGCUAGGAGGACCGCACCACGACAAAAACAUCAACGUGAUGAAGCAGGCACACGAGGAGUACAAGGAGCUGGCAAAAUUGGCAAAACUAAAUGAAGCGGAAAAGAAAGAGGAACUGAAUAAAAAUGUAGAUUCGAGUGAAGCUGAGACAGCUACCUCAGAAAGUAAGCCUAAGAAAAAGAGUAAGGCCAAGAGCAAGAGUAAGCCUGAUUCUGAGAACAAAGACGAAACGGCAGUAACGGCAGACUCCCAGGAGAAGAAAAAGAAGCGCCCAGAAAAGCCAGUGAAGGAAAAGAAGGCAAUUAAAGAAUUGGAAGAAAAGGACGAAAAAAACGAAGAACAAACUACAGAAAGUACACAGAAGUCGGAAGCGGAGGAGGCAGAGAAGCCGAAGAAGAAGGAAGGCGGAAAACGCAAGUCUCCCAAGGACGCAGAAGGCUUAGAAACAGAAAACAAGUCGCAAAGUAAAAAAAAGAAGAAGAAGGAAGAAAGUGAAAAUUAG